UACUACUACUACUACUACUACUACAACGGACGCAGCUACAAAGAAAAUCAACCCAUCUACAAAUCAUGAUAUUUCUAUAUCUCGUAUUAAUUUUGAUUUAGUAAAGCCUAAUGUAUUACCACCUAGAGCUCAAGAAAGGUUUGAUGAAGAAAUGCUAAAGGGCAUUAAUAUGUUUUUUGAUAACAAUUUUUCUCAAGCAAAAGCACUUUUUGAAAGAAGAGGCAAAGAUGAUCCUUUGUAUUCUUUAGGUCUUGGAUCAAUGGCAUUUAUUAAAGCUAUUACAUCAUAUAAUCCCAAGGAUAUUGAUUCUGCUUUAUCACAAUUAACAGAGACUUAUUUAUUUGCAUCUGCACAGAUUGAAGCAUCCUUUGCUAAAAAGCCUUUAAAAGAUACAGUUUCUCAUUUUAUUACUAACUUAGUAGGAUCCAAUACCACACACCUUCCAACUAACACACGUCCAUUAAAUAAAUAUGAGCUUCAAGAUCAACAAUUUAUGUCUAAUGGUGCACUUAGAGCCCAUGUUGUCAAAGCCGAGUGUAGUUUAUUGAUGGCAAUUAUAUAUCUCUCAAUGGAAACUAUGGUUGGAUACCUCAAAGCAGGUUUGAAUUUACGUAGAGCAUAUAGCAGUUAUAGUCUUGUAUGGCAAGAAUAUAAGCGUAUGGGACAAAAUUUUAACAAAUAUAUGGAUAAAAAUACAGUCUCUGCAAUACAAUUUGGUAUUGGAUCUGUACAUUUACUAUUGUCCUCUUUGCCUCCUAAAAUUUUAAAAAUUGUAUCAGCUUUUGGAUGGACAGCAGAUAAACAUCUUGGGUUUGCUUUGUUAAAGGUUUGCUUGGAAGGAAAACGUAUCCGUUCACCGCUCGCAUCAUUAAUGCUUCUUUCUUAUUAUGUAAUCCUCACCUCAUAUGCGCCUCAAGUAUUGACACGAGAGCUUAUACAGCCAGCUAUUGAAUGUCUUCUUGAUGCACAACAGAAUUAUCCAAACUCUGCCUUUUUCUUAUUCUUUGCCGGUCGUGUUUCACGUCUAGCUCGUAACUUGCCUCUUUCGACACAAUCAUUUGUUUAUACCUAUGAAGUGAGUCAAGGUGACUGGGCAGAGACGACCUUAGGAAAUCUUGCGACAUUUGAGAUAGCCUUUAAUUCUGCCAUGAGUCUUGAUUGGGCUAGUGCCGCCGUCCGGGCUCUUGAAUUACAACCCAAAUACAAUUCACCAGCAUUCCUCAAGUUCUUUUAUGGUGCCUGUAUGGAGAUGCUUGGUAAUAGAACUGAGGCCAUCUUAGCCUUUGCUGAAGCACCCGGCUUGAUUGAUAAACGAAGAAAAUCAGAACCUGAACAAUUUAUCGCUAAUCGUAUUGCCUUCUUUGAGAUCAGUGGCUAUCAGGAUUUAGACUUUAGUUUACCUGCUCUUGAGAUACUAUAUACCUGGAACGCAUUCCCUUGCAUGACUGUACCUAUAUUAGAAACAUGUUUAGAACUCGUUGAUGAAACGUUAGAUAGGAUUUAUGAACGCGAAAAACUUGAAUAUGAUAUUCGUACUAUUGAACUUGCACCUAUCUCAAGUGCACCUGAUUAUUAUGAUCAGCGUGGUGUACUUCUUUUGAUGAAAUGUGGUUUAUUAAAUGCGCUUCAACGAUUCAACGAAGGUGUUAUUCAUAUUAAUUGGAUUAUUGAUAAUAAGGAUAAAUUUAAAAAUACAAAAUGGCUUAUUCCAUUUGCUUAUUGGGAAUCUGGGAAUAUUUGUUGGGGAACUGAAGAAUAUAAGAGAGCUAGAGCACUUUGGGAAUCUACUUUAACACAUUCUGGAUAUGAUUUUGAAUAUAGAUUAGCCACGCGUUUAAAUCUUGCUAUUCAACAUGCCGUGGAAUUGGGUGUUCCUGAAACACCUGUUUCUAAACCAGACAAGGGUAAAACUACUCAUGGACGUAAAAGAUUAUCUGUUGUUCCUUCUAAAUCUUCUGGAAGUGUUCUUUCUUCAUAAAAAAAAAGAUUUAUUUUACUAGUUUUAUGAUAUGGUAUCAUUUCUUUAAUACCUACUCAAUAAAAAAGAAUUUUUUUUUCCAAGACAUAA